UUUUUCAUUACAGCAUUCUCUUAUAAAUUAAUAGAUCGCGAAGAAAUAUUAUUCAGUCGUUUAAUAUCAAGAGCAUCGAGAUGAUAUUUAAUUGAAGGAGCGUUUCUGUGAAUUUCAUUUCGUGUGUUCAAUGGGUGACUGUGAAAAUGAGGAACAUAAAGGGGAUCGUGAUGGUAGUGAGAAAAGCAAAAGGAGACAUAGUGAAGGAUCAAAGGCUCAUCCAAUAUCUAGAUCACUCCAGAGUCUAGAAUCAGGACAUCAACCUAAGCAUCCAACCGAUAAUACUUCUAGGAUGAAACCUGAGACAGAACUAAAAUGUGAUCCUGAAUCAGGAUUCGAGAGAUUAAACCAUCCAAUACCUUUUGAAGAAGCUCUUUCUUACACCUCCUUUGGAAAAUUUAAUUGUUUUGUGAUCUUUGUGUGUGGAAUAAAUUUAGCUGCAGUUAUUAUAGAGAGCUUAGGAAUUAGUUUCGUCAUUCCAGUGGCACAGUGUGAUCUCGAAUUAACGAAUAGUGAUAAAGGUGUUCUUAGUGCUGUUGCCUUCGUUGGCAUAAUUAUCAGUUCACACCUUUGGGGUUUUUUGGCUGACACAAUGGGUCGUCGGGCUGUAAUGAUGCCAUCCCUUUUUGCGGCUUUCAUCUCAACUUUACUUUGUAGCUUCACAAGCAAUUUUUGGGUUUUUGUUGUUCUGCGAUUUCUAUCAGGAUUUUUCAUUUCGGGAUCAUCAGCAACUCUCUAUGCGUAUUUGGGUGAAUUUCACAACACAAACACCCGAUCAAGGGCUAUAAUGGCAGCUUCAACUAUCUUUGGCUUAGGUGGAAUGCUUAUGCCAGCCGUUGCGUGGUUAGUGCUGAAUUCUCCUUGGUUCCUCAACAUUCCCUUUUUGGGAAUCACUUACAAACCUUGGCGUCUCUUUCUUGUUCUCUGUGGCUUGCCGGAUCUUUUCUGUGCUCUAUCCCUACUCUUUCUUCCCGAGAGUCCUAAGUUUGUGCUAUCUCAGGGCCGACAAAUGGACACUAUAAAAAUUCUACAGAGAAUCUAUGCCAUGAAUACAGGGAAAGAUGGGGAAAUGCUCAAAAUCAGCGCCAUAAUUGAGGAAAAGGAAAGCUAUGAAAAUCGAAAACAUAAUGAAGAAAACCUGAAAGGAAAUUUCCGGGUCCUGAAGUCUAUGUACAAUCAGAUAGCACCUCUUUUUAAGUCUGAACACCUGCGGAAGACUCUAAUUUCAUGUACAAUGCAGUUUGGGAUUUUCAUGACUUCCAACGGGAUGUAUAUGUUUUUCCCAGAUAUCCUUAAUAGGGUUGCAAAGUAUACAGAAGAAUUAGGAGGAAAUCAUACUGCAACUAUCUGUGAUUCUGUAAUUGGGACUAAAGUUGAUAUAAAGGAGAUUCUUUCGUUGGAUAAUGGUGCUUCUUGUGACUUAAAACUAGAUAUCUCUGCUUUCGAACAUUCCCUUAUCUUGGACGUACUCUACGCAGUUGGUUUUGUGGUAAUAGGACUAGUAAUCAAUGCCCUUGGAAAACUCACAAUUCUUGUUUUAAUUCUUAUGGGAUGCGGACUUUGUGGAAUUGCCAUAAUUUUCACAACCAUUCCAUCGCUUUCCAUCUACCUCUAUGUAGUUCUACUUAUGUGUGGCCUUUCCCUGCCUGUCGUCAAUGCAGCUACGGCGGAUUUAUUUCCAACACACCUGAGGGCGAUGUCUGUUUGCAUUUCCCUCAUGAUGGGACGCCUAGGAAGUGUCUUUGGUUCUAACCUCGUAGCAGCUAUGCUUGAAUUUAACUGUGAAGCUACUUUUCUCAUAUCCGGAGUAUCUCUUAUUUUCUGUGGCAUCUUGUCCUUCUUCAUUCCCAAUAUUCACGUGAAAUCUGAUGGAUGAGCAUAAGAAGAACAACUUAUAUGGAACUAUAUUAGCACAUGUUACAUCAUUUUUUCGUCCACAUGACGACUCUUCGCAAUUAUUAUGCUACAUAGUGAGUUCCUAAAGCAUGGCACGUGUCGCCGAAGAAGAAACUUUCCGCUUUCGAUUGCGAAUCAAUCUAUUGAGGUCAAUUAAUUGAAUGAGAACUUGUGGACCGAUCUUGUGUCUUGCUGAAGUAAUUUUAAGAGGUUUUGUUACUUUUAGACGAAAAUUAACUUCUGUUUCCGGAAUCACGAAAAAGUAUUAAUUUUGGUCUAUUA